AUGGACGACUCCUUUGGCCCAAACAGCCCCCCUAUCCCGCGACAAGCACAUCAGCACUCUCGGCGCAAGGCCAUACACAACGUACAAGAUAUUGCAUCGCCUUCUUCUGCCUACAGUCGCGGGCUGCCGUCAUCCUAUGAAACUGCGAUUUCCUCAGCAUCUCCCGAGGUCAUCUCCUCACUUAUAACAAGUCUCUGCGUUAUCUCGAAGCCUACCAACGCCCAGCACGACGUGUCUCAUAAUUCUUUGCAACCACUCUCUUUCUCCAGCGUAGGCCUACUCUCGCCCGAUAGUGGCUCGUUCGGCGUGGACUACGGCGCCUAUUCGAAUACCGCGAUGGCAAGCAUGCCGGACAGGAACGUUUCUCUGGACGAGCUUGCCGCCAGCCCACCUGUCAUCCGAACUGCGAAACCGCCCAGCGGCUUCUCGCCUCUCACAGCACCCAAAUCUCCGGUGCGUGAGACGUCGUCUUCUGGCGGGCUCAAGUCCCUGCUGUCGGGCCGCACAUCCUCCCGACCGUCCUCCAAAGGCUCGGUAGCAUCACGCGAUGCUGACACCCAGAGCAUUGGUAAUCUGUCGGUCGAGCGCGGGGCCGUGUCGCCCAUACCUGAGCUGAGGAGAAGAUCCUCCCACGACAGUUGGGGAAAGAAAACAGCACGGUCUCAGAAAGGCUUGAUGUACAUGAGCAGCAAAGAGCGCCUGCGCGAAAAAGACGCGGAGAAGAAACGGAUCAGCAUAGGAGCUGUCGGGACCGACCGGUUGAGCUCUUCUGGUGCCAUUUCCCCGCGGACUGACGCAUUCUUGGCCGAAGAGCCCAUUAGUGAAGAGUCGCACCACGAUUUGCACCUCGACUCGCCCCGCCUGGCAGAUCCGCGAGGGUCUGUAGACAACGGGGGGGCGCCGAGUACUCAUGUCAUCCCUAUUCGUGACUCUAGCCUCCGCAAGACGAGUUCGAACGGGAAGAGAUCCUCGCGACGCUCUUCAAGACACAAGAACGAGCCUUCAACAACCGACAUAAUCCAAGAAACCGACGAGCAUCACAUGUACGGGUCGAGUGACGGCUACAACCAGCCCGGCCUCGCAAGGAGGAGCACCCAGCCUGCAAGAGGCAGAAUGUCUCCCAUGCCGAUGGGUGGUGAAGAGCCGGCGGUGCAACCCAGCCGACAGAGCAGACCGAGUGACCGUGAGCCCGAACCGAGAUCAUUCUCCCUGACGGGGUCCUCUAGGCAGUAUAGCGACAUUAAUUAUGCGAGGGAGGAUGAUCCUGAAGAUGGUGCGCCUUUUCCUGCCGUUUCGCAAGGACGCCAUCGUUACGGCUCAAACAUGCUUGAUCCUAGCGAGGGCAAGACGAAGCGAAAUAGCAAGCUGAAGCGCCUUUCGGGCCCGCUGAGCCCCCGAAUCGACGACAAGGGGGCUGCGGCAGACAGUUCGAAAAAGGACAGACCAUCUAUCGAGGAUACGCAUGUCGCGUAUGAACGUCCUGGUAGCGCAGACAGCGUCGACGAUGCCGUUGGGGCUUACCUGUGCUCGCCGCGCUUGUCGCAGAAGAUCCGGCAUCCGCAGACUGGUCGCAUAAUCUCCUUUUCGGAGGUGGGAGACAGCGACGGGUCGGCUGUGUUCUGCUGCGUUGGUAUGGGGCUGACACGGUACAUUACUGCGUUUUAUGACGAGCUAGCCUUGACGUUAAAGCUACGUCUAAUCACCCCUGAUCGGCCGGGUAUUGGAGACAGCGAGCCGUAUGCGGACGGCACUGCCACUCCGUUGGGCUGGCCAGAUGACGUGUAUGCGAUUUGCCAGGCCCUGAAGAUCACAAAGUUCUCCAUACUCGCCCACUCGGCUGGAGCCAUUUACGCGCUGGCAACGGCGCUGCGCAUGCCCCAGCACAUUCGAGGGCGUAUUCAUUUACUGGCGCCGUGGAUUCCUCCGUCGCAAAUGUCCGUCUUUGGAGCCUCUGCGCAAACGCCCCUGCCUCCGACAAAUGCAAUCCCCACAUCGCAGCGGAUUCUGCGGGCGCUUCCGACCCCUAUCUUGAAGGCGGCCAACUCUAGCUUUAUGAGUGCGACGAGCAGCUCGAUCACGUCAAGCCUGCCAAAGACGCCAAAGCGGAAGCGGAAGUCGAAUGCCAACCUUGCGAAAGAAAGGGAGAAGGAUGCGCACAAGAACCAUCCGCUACCAACGGACAACAAGGAAAACGUUGCAGGCCAGACGCAUGCGCACAAAGACCAGGCCGGCUUAGAGGAUAUGGACCGUAUCCGGCCCCGCGGAACGCGAUCCAACUCGACGGCAGGCAUGGCUGCGGCCUCAGAUCCGUCUGGCCACAGGAGAGGCCCAUCGGCCGUCGGACACAUGUCGCGCGAGUCGGCCGUGAUAGCAGCAGCAGCCAGCGCGAUCGCCGAACGGGAGCGGCAGGCGGUCUACGACACCCGUCUGACACACGCCAUCUGGGAGCUCGCUACAACGGGGGCCAACCCGGCGGUAGACCUGCUGGUGUGCCUCGAACGGCGGCACACGAUUGGCUUCCGCUAUGUAGACAUCACCCGGCCCGUGAUUAUCCACCACGGAUCCCGUGAUGCCCGUGUGCCGGUGGAAAAUGUGCGGUGGCUGGGCAAGACAAUGCGCCGCUGCGAAGUGCGGGUGCUGGAGGGCGAGGAGCAUGGGCUGAUGGCCAGUGCAUCAGUCAUGGGCGGAGUGUUGAUGGAGAUUGCGAAAGAGUGGGAAGAUUGGGGACGUCUGACCGGAGCGUCUGGUCACAGGCGCGAGGGUACGCGUGAUGAGCGUGGCCGCCGUGGGACUGUCGGCAUGGCUCACUGA